UGUGGGACGACCACAGGUGUGAAGAGGCUGGCGAGGUGGAGAAGCAACAAGAAAAGGCAUGAAAAAGCAAAAAGGACCAGAACAAAAGAGGCUAAAAAAAGAACAACUUUGAGGGGAAAAGAGAAAGAAACAAUGGAAGUUCAACUCUGCUGUCUGACACUGAUUCUGGUGGCUGUCAACUGGAUUGCAGGUGCUGUCAAUAGCAUCAGUCCAUAUAUAAGAUAUUAUGAAGGCUUAUCAUACAACAAAGAGGAUCUUCACAGAAAGCACUUGAGAGCCAAGAGAGCCGCACGACCUCAGGAAUACACUCUUCAUUUGGAUUUUACUGCUUUUCACAGAAAUUUCCACCUGCUUUUGAGGCAAAGCACCGCAGCCUUUUCUGAACAGUUCACAGUGGUCAGUGAGGAGGGGUCCAGAUCGGUUGAUCUCUCACACAUCUACUCAGGAACGCUGCAGGGUGAGAAAGUUUCAGCAUGCCACGGGUCUGUGCUGAACGGCCAAUUUGAAGGAAGCAUCUACACAGACAAUGGGACUUACCACAUCGAACCAGCUUACAGAUACACCAGCAGCCCCUCAGAUUACCACUCUAUAAUCUAUCACGAGGAGGAUUUGGUUCUUCCACACACGACUUCUGCCCCUGAUGCUUUCUGUGGUGUAGAACUUCUGAAAAAUCUCUCCAAAAGCCUCAGCUCCAAUCAGGAGGCGUCGCUGAGCCGAUCCAGAAGAACAUUGGACGAGUCAAAGACCAGCUGCCUCAUCCACUUCCAUGCUGACCACCUCUACUACAAACGGUUCAAGUCUGUAGAAGGCGUUGUGUCUCAGAUUGCAUCCUACAUCCGAGCAGUAAAUGACAUAUACGACAAGGUGGACUUCGAUGGAGUCAAGCUGAUCAACUUCAAAGUAAAAUCUCUACAUGUGAUGACUGAGGAGGAUAAAAAAGACCCUCUGAAUCCUCUGUUCAUCGGGCCUGAGAAGCUGCUGAGUCUGUACUCUGAGAACAACUGGGGGAACUUCUGCCUGUCCUACCUGCUGACCAACAGAGACUACAGCGGAGUGCUGGGACUGGCCUGGGAGGGCAAGAGCGGAAACUGGGGAGGAAUAUGUUCAAAGUACACUUCCAUCCCUAAAGGCCGUCCCUCCACCCUGAACACAGGCAUGGUCACAAUUCAGAACUACGGACAGCUUCUGCCUCCUCGACACGUCCAGCUGACCCUGGCACAUGAGCUCGGUCACAGCCUUGGAUCUCCGCACGACGAGGGCCCAAACUGCGGGAACCUCGGCUCCAGCGGGGGUAAAGGCAGGUACCUGAUGUUUCCUCACGCCACAGAUGAGGUGCGCGAAAACAACGACAAAUUUUCCCCCUGCAGCAUCAAACACAUAAGCAAGAUCCUGAAGCUAAAGAAGGACGAUUGCUUUGUGGUAAGUGAUCAGCCCAUCUGUGGAAACCAGAUAGUGGAAGAAGGUGAAGAGUGCGACGUUGGUCAGAGGGACACAGACCUUUGCUGCUACAGCGCUAAAGAGCCUGUAGGCGUCCAGUGUCGCCUCAAGUCUGGGAAAGCCUGCAGUCCGAGCCAGGGCCUGUGCUGUAGUCAGGACUGCACAUUUAAAUCUGCUGGAGAGAUAUGUGAUGAGGAGACAGACUGUCAGAAAAACAGCAUGUGCUCAGGCCACUCGCCCUUCUGUCCCUCACCGGAUAACAAGGAAAACCUCACCGUCUGCAGUCAGGGCACUCGUGUGUGCCUCAGUGGGGUCUGUGCUGAAUCUGUGUGUAUAAAACAUCGCAUGCAUCAAUGCGAUUGUCCAGGAGGUUCCCUGAAGGAAAAAUGCCACAUGUGCUGCCAGCAGCCAGAUAAACCUGAGACAUGUGCGAGCACCACCUCCUCUGUCCUGUCUCGUCACUUCCAGGGGAAAGCCUUGCCGCUGAUGAGUGGCGCUCCGUGCUCUGGGAAUCAGGGAUACUGUGACAAAUUCCAAGUUUGUCGUCUCUUGGAUGCAGACGGUCCAAUCGCCAGACUAAAGAACUCUUUUCUCAACUUGGAUGACUUUGAUGACUUGGGAGAAUGGAUGAAGGCCUAUUGGUGGGCUAUCCUGUUGGCCAUUCUGGUGCUGUGUGGAGUGAUGGGCUGCACUGUUUGCAUCUUUGGCCGUACGCUGGACACCCGAAACUUGGAGUGACGUUCAAAUUCAUAUCGACACCUUCAACUGAGAUUUUUGAGCGUCGAUCGGAUACUGAGGAGGCCCAUUUGGACAAAUCUCUGCACAUGUAAAAGACAAAGAAACUCAACACCUGCUCUGUCAGUAACAGAUAUCAUGUUGCAUCCUUGUGCAACUUGUCUGUUUACAUUUCAUUGAGGAGUGAUAAUCUUCUCUGAUGCAUGUGUUGUGGAAAGUAUUGCUGCCAGCAGUUGGAGAUCCCUCUCAGCGGGGCGAUGUGCCUCAGCAGGGUAACUUGUGCAAGUUAAAGGCAUCUCUCUCUGCAAAGACUAAAAGAAGUGAGCAUGUGUGAGCGCUAUUUUCAGCAUCGCUGAACAUCCACCUUUCCAGCCAGACAAGUUGAAAUAAGUGGUCCCAGUGACUUCUUGUUGCUUUCAUAAAGAUAAAAUUGUGACAUGUGUUUAUGUUCACAAUUAAACCUGUAGCAACGGACACGGACACUGUAAGUAAAUGUGAGCUGGAGGUAAUGGAUUCUUUUGGUUCUUUUACGUUCUUCAGUAUUUUUGAAUCUGCUCUUUUCCAACGUAAAAGAAAAACAUUGCACUUUUCAUUCCAUAGUUGAGUUAUUGAAAACAACUUAAAGACAUAAGGACUUAAACUAUCUUGGUCAUGUUCCCUGACACAAGGAUGGAAUUGAUCAGGAUCGAACAGCAGAUGCAUCUAGUGUACCUUUCUUCAUCUUGGAGACCUGACUUGUCAUUGCAUUUGUUACAUGGCACCUGUCCACAGUCCUGAGUCUCACAUUCAGCGGUACCUAGAAAAACAGUCCUUAAAAUAGAAAUAAACAAAGUGUAAGCACAGCAACGCUGUUAAGGGAAAUUGGAGAUCUGUUUACUCUUUCAUUGGUCUUUUUGAUGUCAUGUCAAACACAGACAUUCAUCAAAACAGGGAAUGUGCAUGUUAUUUCUAUUCCUAAAAACACAAUUUUUUAGAAUAUUGAGCAGAACUAGCAAAAAUAACUAAACCUUCCCAUUUCUUUUGACUUGAAGGCCACUGCUUUUGCAUGUUGGUAAGAGUGGGUGUGUCCACCAGUGUUUGGUUCACAUAUUUUGGCAAAUCAGAGAUCAGUGACCGGGUAAGCAGCUUUUCUCAGAGGCUAUCUGAGGUGAAGGCUCCAAAGACAAAAGGUUGAGACUUUGUGAAACUGCUGAAACAGAGCCUAAUUCUUUAGGAAAGCUUUCAGGGAAUUUCACAUUCACUUUCACUCAGGAAUAAACUGACCACAUUUUUAUGUACCUUCAUGUUUGUCGUGUUUUUUUGUGAAUGUUUAGAAGUGGUCAAAUUUCCCUGAAGAGAAUGUCUUUGUUCUUCACGUGAACUCAGAAGUGAACUGUUUACAUUGUAUCGGUCAAAGCUCAAGGUCGCUGUGAAUUCUCUCUUGCAACACACACACACACACACACACACACACACACACACACACACACACACACACACACACACACACACACACACACACACACACACCAUAUGUUGAUGAUAGUGUUUAUCAGCAAGUCUUUUUCAAAUAUUUGAAAACAAUAAACAGUACUA